GGAAAGGCUCGCGGCUACCAGCGAUUAGGCUUUGAGGGCCUAGGAAAGGUGCACGUAGGUGAGCGUGGCUUUUCCUGUUAGAGAGCGGGUUCGCGGGGCCGACCGGUGGGCUACGCGGUGGUGGAGGGCUCGCAAGAAGUUCGAGUGCCCCUGGGUGGUGCGACCGCGCUCCUUUCGCACCCCUCAGCGCCGGCUGAGUGGUUAAACUGAACAAAUAAUGGCCAGUAAUCACAAACCUUCAGCAGUUCGCCCUGUUUCUCGAGGUGGGAUUGGAUUGACAGGAAGGCCUCCUUCUGGAAUACGACCCCCAUCAGGAAAUAUUCGAGUGGCAACUGGUAUGCCACCUGGAACAGCAAGACCAGGCUCUCGUGGUGGUCCCAUAGGGACAGGAGGAGUUCUGUCUUCUCAAAUCAAAGUUGCUGAUCGUCCUGUAACACAGCAAGGUUUGAGUGGGAUGAAAACUGGUAUGAAAGGUCCCCAGAGGCAAAUUUUAGACAAAUCUUACUAUCUUGGACUUCUUCGAAGUAAAAUAAGUGACCUCACAACAGAAAUCAAUAAACUCCAGAAAGAAAUAGAAAUGUACAAUCAAGAGAAUUCAGUGUAUUUGUCAUAUGAAAAGAGAGCUGAGACUUUAGCUGUUGAAAUAAAAGAGUUUCAAGGACAACUAGCAGACUACAACAUGUUGGCAGAUAAACUUAAUACCAAUACUGAAAUGGAAGAAGUAAUGAAUGAUUACAACAUGCUUAAAGCUCAAAAUGAUCGAGAAACACAAAGUAUGGACAUUAUAUUCACUGAAAGACAAGCGAAGGAAAAACAAAUUAGAAGUGUAGAAGAAGAAAUUGAACAGGAAAAACAAGCAGCAGAGGGUAUUAUCAAAAAUAUGUCUCCUGAAAAACAAGUCAAGUAUAUAGAAAUGAAAACCACAAAUGAGAAAUUAUUACAGGAAUUAGAUACACUUCAGCAACAGCUAGAUUCACUGAAUAUGAAAAAAGAGAGCUUGGAAUCUGAAAUCACACACUCCCAGGUAAAACAGGAGGCUGUAUUGUUACAUGAAAAACUUUAUGAGUUGGAGUCCCAUCGAGAUCAGAUGAUUGCAGAAGACAAAAAUAUGGGAUCUCCAAUGGAAGAAAGAGAGAGAUUACUCAAGCAGGUUAAAGAAGAUAAUCAGGAAAUAGCCAGCAUGGAACGGCAGUUAACAGAUAUAAAAGAAAAAAUAAAUCAAUUUAAUGAAGAAAUUAGACAACUUGACAUGGAUUUAGAAGAACACCAAGGUGAAAUGAAUCAGAAGUACAAGGAGCUAAAAAAGAGGGAGGAAAAUAUGGACACUUUUAUUGAGACUUUUGAGGACACUAAGAACCAGGAACUGGAAAGGAAGGCACAGAUAGAAGCCAGCAUUGUUUCGCUUUUGGAGCACAGCAGUCGAAAUAUAAAUCGUAUGAAACAGAUAUCCUCUAUCACCAAUCAAGAGCUGAAAAUGAUGCAGGAUGAUCUCAAUUUUAAAUCUACUGAAAUGCAGAAAUCACAGAGUACGGCUAGGAAUCUGACUUCAGACAGUCAGAGGCUACAGUUGGAUCUACAAAAAAUGGAGCUUCUGGAAAGUAAAAUGACUGAGGAACAACAGUCUCUAAAAAAUAAAAUUAAGCAAAUGAUAACUGAUCUAGAGACAUAUAAUGAUUUGGCAGCUUUAAAAUCAUCAGGUGAAGAAAAGAAAAAGAAAUUACAUCAGGAGAAAACAGUAUUAUCAACUCGCAGAAAUGCCUUUAAAAAAAUAAUGGAGAAACUAAGCACAGAAUGGGAGACACUAAAAACACAACUGCAAGAAAACGAGACACAUUCUCAGCUUACAAAUUUGGAGAGGAAGUGGCAACACCAUGAGCAAAAUAAUUUUGUGAUGAAAGAAUUCAUAGCAACCAAGAGUCAAGAGAGUGAUUACCGGCCGAUUAUGAAGAAUGUGUCCAAGCAGAUUGCAGAGUAUAAUAAAAACAUCGUGGAUGCUCUGCAUAGCAUGAGCAGAAACUGAGUCUGAACCAACUGCAAGUCUCUAUAGAAAUGUUCUCUUGCUGCUAAACUUUGUACACGCCAUUAAAAAAUUGCUUACCCUUGACGAGUUUUACCUAAAAAUUUUUGAAAGUUAUAAUUUCAUGGCCUCUUUGAAGAAUGAUGCUUUAAAUAGUAUAAUAGUUUAAUAAAAAUCUUAUGUAUUAAAAAAGUAUCAUCUCCUUUUAUAUUUAGAUUUCUUUUGUGUAGGUGAUAAAAAUGUCUCAAAGAACCAGGAGAUAAAACAAACAAAAAGUGGCUAUUGUUACUCAUGUAGUUGGUAUAAUCCAUCUGUGGCAGCAAGUGCUAUCAUCUUUUCAUAUGUCAAGCCUAGGAGGCAUGCUUGGAGUAUGAUUCUGAUUUAGCAUUUAUCAACCUUGCCAAUUUUUGCUUCUAGAAAUAAAUAAGAAGAAUAGAAGGGAGGUAUUUAGUUUUGAGCUUUACUUCUCAAGCAGGAUAUAUUUGAUGUUUUAAGGCAUAUGAAAUCACAGGUAAAUACGUAACAUUUUUUAUAUGUCAGUUAUUCCUUUGUGAAAUUAAGACAUUCUUUAUUGGGAAUUAAUAUUUUUACUCUUUGCAUUAAAAAAAUUCUUUCUUACAUGUAUUUGCUAGGAAAAGCAUGAAAUUUAAAAUAAAUGUUGUAUUUACAGUGGA